UAAGAAGUUGGCAGUCUAUAGUUGUCACUAGUUUCAUGGCUGAGUUUACAGCAAACCUACAGUGUUACAUGCCCACUCUUCCGUACCUAGAUAUGGAGUCAAAUAUUGAGUUAAUGAACCAAUUUUCAGAGCUAAACCCAAAUGUGUUACAGAAUAAUUCUAAGUUGGGUUUACAGAGCUUCAUGAAUAGUACUGUUUACUGUGAUGAGUACUCUUUUGCUCAUCAAGAACAAGCUGCAUUCCCCGUACUCAAUAAUUCCGUGGAUAAUACUCAAGUCCUAUUCCAAUCUGAAAGUUCGAGUGCGGUUCCAAUUGCGCAUCAAUCUACGGUUUCAAACAAGAAAAGAAAGUCCAUUGCUGAUACAGAUGGCAGUUCAGGGAACUCUUCUACUCUUGGGGGUUUAGGAGGAGAAAAUGAAAGCCAUAAGAGAAAGAAUGGCGUAGGAACGAAAGGAAAAAAAGGGAAAAACAACGGGAAAGAUGCAGAUAUAUUACCGAAGGAAGUGAUCCAUGUAAGAGCAAGAAGAGGUCAAGCCACUGAUAGUCACAGUUUAGCAGAACGAGUAAGAAGAGAGAAAAUCAAUGAGCGAUUAAGAUGCUUACAGCAUCUUGUUCCUGGAUGUUACAAGACAAUGGGAAUGUCUGUAAUGUUGGAUGAAAUAAUAAAAUACGUUCAGUCACUGCAAAACCAAAUUGAGUUUCUUUCAAUGAAGCUUACUGCAGCAAGCACUUUUUUCGACUUCAACUUGGACAUGGAAUCUCCCCACACAUUUCAGGGGACAUAUGAUGCCCAAGAGAUCGAAAGGAUGUUAUUGAACAGAGAAGAAGGGUAUGGAGGACUUUCCCGAACUCAAGUCCCAACAUUUCCCCUUUGAUUUUAAUUAAUACCUGAAAAGAAAAAAAUAUCUCGGAAAUAUUAUGUCUUCGCCAUCUUUUUCAUUUCAAUUUACUGGUUACACAUACCACACAUUUAAUGCAUCUUAAGUUUGGUACAUUUACAAACUUAUAUAUCAACAAAAACCAUACAACUAGAUCUCGUAGUCUGUUUUGGUCUCUCAAUUAUGGGACCCUUACCGUAAUUGUGAGUCUCAUUCCAAAUGCCAACCGCGUGGUCCAAGAAAAGGCAAGAGUAAAUAUGGAUGAAAUGGUGUCAACCAACUUCCCGGACCAAGAAUAACAGUUUUGUAGAUUUGCAUAAUA